AUGAUCUUUACGCAUGAUGAUUACACGAUCGCGUGGAUCUGUGCCCUACCACUAGAGAUGGCAGCCGCGAAGGCGAUGCUUGAUCGUACUCACCCUUCAUUACACCAACCGAAAACUGACGAUAAUAGUUAUACCCUAGGAAGCAUUCAUGGCCACAACAUUGUUGUGGCAUGCUUACCAAUCGGCAUCUAUGGAAAGGUAUCUGCCUCAGCCGUGGUAUCUCAGAUGCGUUCUACUUUCCAAAACAUCCAGUUGGGAUUGAUGGUUGGGAUUGGAGGUGGAGUCCCCAGCAUUGUUGCGGACAUCCGUCUUGGUGAUAUUGUGGUGAGCACGCCAACCGGCAUGUACAACGGAGUGAUCCAGUAUGAUCAUGGGAAAUCAGGACGCAACGGGAAAUUUCAACGCACUGGUUCACUCAAUAAGCUCCCGCUGGCUUUCUUGACCGCUAUAUCUCAGAUGCAAAGUGACAGUAUGAUUGGAAGGCAGUUGGUCGAUGAUGUUAUCAGUGAUACAUUGCAGAAAAAUGAAGAAAUGAGAAACUGUUACAGUCGGCCAAUAGAGGACCAGUUGUUCCAAGCCACAUAUGACCAUCAAGAUGACCAUCAAGAUGACAGUCUGGGGUGUUCAGGAUGUGAUUUUAGCAAGCUAGUCACGCGCCCCCCACAGACAGACAACAAACCCCAUAUAUACUAUGGUUUGAUUGCUACAGGAGAUCAGGUUAUGAAAAAUGCUACAAUCCGUGAUGCAAUUGCUCGAGAACUUGGCAUACUCUGCUUUGAAAUGGAGGCAGCCGGCUUGAUGCUCCCAUCACUUGUGGUUCGGGGCAUCUGUGACUACUGUGACUCCCAUAAGCAUAAAGACUGGCAAGGAUAUGCUUUAGCUGCUGCUGCCUAUGCAAUGGUUCUAUUGUUAUUUGUUCCUGUCACUUGCCAAAAGAAGGAUGUGCAUCUGUCCGAGCAAGACCAGAGCGCGAUGCAACACUGCUGUGUCACGGAUAUGUCAACAGAGAUCGAGUCCCUUCAACAACAGAAGGAUAUUCUGGAAUAUAGGAGCUUCAAUGACUGGAGCGACAGUGGAAAGAACCUUUUAUGGGUGAGAGGCGACGCUGGGAAGGGUAAAACAAUGUUACUUAUUGGGGUUGUCAAUGAGCUAACAGCCCACCUUCAAAGACAUUUUGAUGAGUACUGUUUAUCAUACUUCUUCUGCCGUGGAACAGAAAACAGACUCAAUACGGCAACUGCAGUUCUGAGGGGGUUGAUGUGGAUGAUCCUGCGUCAAAAGAAGUCACUCAUACACCAUCUCACCAAAUUAUUUACAGAUCUCGGGCCUGUUCUUUUUGAAGGCCACAAGGCGUUUUAA